AUGGCCGAACGCUACAUCCCCGAGCAUCGUCGCACCCAGUUCAAGGCCAGGAACCAGUUCCGGCCCGACGAGCUUCGUCGUCGUCGUGAAGAGCAACAGGUCGAGAUCAGAAAGCAGAAGAGAGAAGAAAACUUGGCCAAGAGGAGAGGUAUUCAGACCCGGGAUGGCGGGAUUGGUGUAGGAGGUGGCAUGGCCGCCACCGAGAGUGACGAUGAAGCCAGUGCUAUUGAGAGUGAGCUCAACGUGGAGCUCCCGGAGAUGGUCAAGGGCGUCUUCUCCGACCAGAUUGAGUCGCAGAUUCAAGCUACCACCAAAUUCAGAAAGCUGCUCUCCAAGGAGCGCAAUCCUCCUAUUGAACGUGUUAUCGAGACCGGUGUUGUUAGCCGAUUUGUGGAGUUCUUGCGCUCCCCUCACACCUUGGUCCAGUUCGAGGCCGCUUGGGCCCUGACCAACAUUGCGUCUGGUUCUGCCCAGCAGACACAGGUUGUCAUUGAAGCUGGUGCUGUGCCUAUUUUCGUUGAGCUUCUCAGCAGUCCCGAACCCGAUGUUCGGGAACAGGCCGUUUGGGCUCUUGGUAACAUUGCCGGUGAUAGCCCUCAGUGCCGUGACUUUGUGCUCAAUGCUGGUGCCCUCCGUCCUCUGCUCAACCUCAUCAACGAUGGGCGGAAGCUGAGCAUGCUGAGAAACGCCACAUGGACUCUGAGCAACUUCUGCCGUGGCAAGACGCCCCAGCCCGAUUGGACUACAAUUGCCCCUGCUCUUCCUGUGCUUGCCAAGCUCAUCUAUAUGCUCGAUGACGAGGUCCUGAUUGAUGCUUGCUGGGCCAUCUCCUACCUGUCUGACGGGUCCAACGAUAAGAUUCAGGCGGUCAUCGAGGCCGGUAUCCCUCGUCGUCUGGUUGAGCUGCUCAUGCACGCUUCUACCUCUGUUCAGACCCCAGCCCUUCGCUCUGUUGGAAACAUCGUUACUGGUGACGACGUCCAGACUCAGGUCAUCAUCAACUGCGGAGCUCUCCCUGCCCUCCUCUCUCUCUUGAGUUCCACCAAGGAUGGCAUCCGCAAGGAAGCCUGCUGGACCAUCUCCAACAUCACCGCCGGCAACUCUAGCCAGAUCCAGUCCGUGAUCGAUGCUGGUAUUAUCCCUCCUCUGAUCAAUUUGCUUGCCAACGGCGACUUCAAGACCCGCAAGGAAGCUUGCUGGGCCAUCUCGAAUGCCACUUCAGGUGGACUGCAGAAGCCCGACCAGAUCCGCUACCUGGUUACCCAAGGAUGCAUCAAGCCUCUGUGCGACCUCCUCGCUUGCCCGGAUAACAAGAUUAUCCAGGUUGCUCUGGAUGGCUUGGAGAACAUUCUCAAGGUCGGAGAGAUGGACAAAGAGGCCGCUCAGACUGGGGAGGCUCGCGUCAACCGGUAUGCCUUGUUCAUCGAAGAGGCUGGUGGUAUGGAGAAGAUCCACGACUGCCAGAACAAUGCCAACGAGGAGAUCUACAUGAAGGCCUACAACAUCAUUGAGAAAUACUUCUCUGAUGAGGAAGAGGCCGGCGGUGACAUUGAUGAGCUUGCCCCUCAGCAGACACAAACUGGUUUCGCCCUCGGAACCAACCAGCAGCAGCCUGGCGGAUUCAACUUUGCCAACGGCGGUGACUCCAUGGAUAUGUAA